CAUCCCAUUUAUCUCUAUCUAUCUAUGCUUUGCUUUUUCAGCCCCCCACCCAUAACCCAUUGAUCUCAUUCACUCUCACUUUCUCUCUCUAGAAAGGGGGGUACAUUUCUUUUCCUUUCUAUAUCUCUCUACACAGUCACAGAGCCUAAAAAACACAAAGAAAGAAGAGAAAACAUGGAAACUCCACGCCCUCAAAAACAAGGAAGAGUCCACACCACCCAACUCUCUCUUUCUCUCUCUUCAAUGGCCCAGCUGGACCAAAAUUUAUGUUAGAAGAAAAACAAAAAAAGAAAAAAAAAGAAAGAAAAGAAGAGAGAAGAGAUAGUAUUAGUAGAUGUCUUCAAAUGUUGUCGUCCAACCAAACCCACCUCUCAAAAACACUCUUUCACUUCUCCUACAACAAAUAAAAAUUACAUCAAGCUAUGCCACAAUUACCCUUCUGCAACCCCCCAAAAAAUCCCAUCUUCAUCACUGUCUCAACUCUCAAAAGAAACAUUUUUUUCACCGAAUUAUGUGGGCUUCUUUGGGUUUUCUUUGUCUUGGUCAGAGUUUCACAGAGAGAACAGGAAAGCGAGAACCUUCCCAUCUCUCUCUUUCUUGUUUCUCUCUCCUUCUUUCUAUCUACCCUCUUCUUUCCUUUCCUUACCUUCUUUUAUUAUUUCUUGUCCAUCUCUUUCUCUUUCUUUCUUAUUCAUCUUUCUUCCCUCCUUUAUUUCCCUCUACCUCCAUCUCUCUUUCUCUCCUCCCCCACCUAGGUCUUUAGUUUUUUUCUUGUGGGUUUUUUUUUAUCUUUAUCUGAUUUGAUCUAAUCAUGAAGAGGAUGAAAGGGGUAGCUGCUGCUAUGGAAUCUUCUCCUUCUCCAUAUUCGACUAUGUAUGAGGAUCGAAGAACCAGGCUCAGGCAUCAGAGUCUCAUGCAGGACUAUAUGGAGUUGUUUAAGGAAACAGAAGACCAGAAAAAGAAAUUGCAGACCAUGAAACAGAAAAAAUUGAACCUAAUGGCAGAAGUCAGAUUUCUGAGACAACGAUACAAGUAUUUGAUGCAAAACCAGUCUCAAAAUCCUGCCCCUGAGCCAAAACAUGUGCAGCGGCAAAGCCUAGCAAAUGGAACUAGAGCUGUAAGAAAAGACAGGAAUUACACUGGAAAUGAUGCUGCGAUACAGCGCGGAGGCCCCCGAUUUGAUUUAAACAGGAAGGGAAAGAUUUAUAGUGAAAGGGAAGCCACUUUGCGAAACCCUGCUCAAGAUUUUGAUUUGAGCCAGAAGCAUAAGACUUGCAUGGGAAAGGAGCCUGCAUUGCGUAAUUCAGUGACAAUUCCGGACUUAAAUCAAAAGGAACGGAUUUACGGUGGGAAAGAGGCAGCUGUUAGAAACAAUACACCAAGUUUUGACUUGAACCAGAUUUCGAUGGAGGAGGAAGAAUUACAGGCAAACGGAGAUACGAUGAGAAUAGAGGAACCAAAGAUAUGUUUAAUGAGAGGUGGAAGUGAUGAUCAACACAACGACAUGAAGUUAUCAGCUUGUAGGACAGUCGGAAAUGGAUCGAGUAGGGCAGGGAAGAGGAAGAUUUCAUGGCAAGAUCAGGUUGCUCUGAGAGUUUGAUUUUGUUCUUAUUUCAAUUGCAACUUAGUCACAUUUGGCGAGGUUGGAAAAGUUCCCUAGCCUUGUUAUGGUUAACUCACAUUUUCAUUUUUCUCUUAUUUGUAAAGAAAGAAAUAGUUCCACAUAUUAUAAUUACAGAUGAAUUGGUGUUCAGGUAGCAAAUUCUUGGUUC